AUGAUCCUCCGACUCCUAGUCACAUUCCUUUGGCUCAUUCUAAUAUCCCAAUCAAAACUCGACUCUUGUGAACAAUGGAUCCAACAACUCGGUGAUCUUGAUUUUUUCACAGAAGCUCAGAUUCGAAUGGUUUGUAUGCAUCAGAGAGAAUGGGUCAAGGAUCGAGAUGAGGAGGCCGGAAAGAAGUUUCUCGAAGUUACUACAGAUAAUCAACUGAAAUAUCUACGCCAUGUUGAACAGUGUACACGAGAGAACUGUGUGAGAGAAGCGAGACGAAAGAAAAGGGCUCCCACAAAAUCAAUUCGCAAAGAAAUCCGAAUGAUGUCUCCCGCUGAACUUCGAGAUCUCGGAAUUGCAAUGAAUGGUCUGAAGAAUCGACAAAUCGACAAUAUCACUGCUUGGGAUCUUCAUACACUUGUUCAUUAUCCAGACAGUGCGCCAGGAGCUCAUUGGGGUCCAGCGUUUCUUCCGUGGCAUAGGGAAUUUUUGCGACAGUUUGAAAUAGCUCUCCAGACAGAAGUUCCAUCAGUUACACUGCCUUAUUGGGAUUCUACUCUGGAUCAAGGUACGUACUUUUUAAAAUACAAAAAUACGAACAGGAAAUUUUCAGGGCUCCCGGAAGAAGCUGACAGUGUAUUAUGGACUGAUGAGUUGCUAGGAAACGGGAAUGGCUACGUAAAAACUGGACCGUUCGCUAACUGGGAUACGAAUGUUCUGAUGCCACUCAGCCAGAUUCCCGUUAAAAAGUUGUACAGAUCGACUGGGGGCAGGGAACAAGAUCGUUUGAUGACACCAAAGGAUGCCAAUUGGAUCAUUACGAGACAGAAUUUCAGCCAACUCACAUUCUGUCAUGACAAAACCUUCGAAAGUAUGCACGGACUCAGUCAUGUUUGGGUUGGAGGAUUCAUGUAUGUUAUCAGAGUAAGCCCAAAUGAUCCAACAUUCUACAUGCACCAUGCGUUCAUCGAUAAUUUGUGGGAGAAAUUUAGACAGAACAGUCAGACAAGAAAGAAAGAGAGGAGCAAUGGGCUACGCAAUCACGGAUUCGAUGUUCAAAUGAAGCCGUUCACAAUUCAAAAUCGCGACGGUUUAUCCAAUCAAUAUACCGAUGAGUGGUAUGAGUAUCAACCGGUUAGACAUUGUACCAUUGAGGAUGCCACGUGUGAUUCUAACUUCUACUGGUGUGAUAUGAAGACGUGGAGGUGUAGAAGUAGAGUAGUCUACGGAGGAAACUGCACUGGCUACGAGGGCACUCAGAUUUGCUAUAAUUCAGUUUGUAGUCAAGGAAAAUGCGUGGUGCCACCCAGAGUUCGAUCAGCUACAAAAUCAAGAAUCGAGGAUGGAAACUUGUCGUUCAAAGAAAAAGUUUGGGCAAAAACAGUACUUCUAGACGAAAAUGGAAAAGGGAUCGAAGAUGAUCUCUCGAGAAUUGUGAUCACUGAUUUGGACACGAAUCAAACUCAGAUAGUGUUCCAUUCGGGAGAGACCGUGUUCCCUGAAAUUCCGGGUACCGUAUACUUGAGUCUUCCGAAACCAAGAGCCGGAAAAACGUCUCGAGUAUCUUUGGAGGCUAGAGAUCAGUUUGGCAGAUACUGUCAAGCCCAAUGCAUGAAUAGUACUAGUGAGAGAUAUCAAGUCUGCCAACCAUUCCUCAACAUUUCUCUAAACUCUGAAAUAUCUUCUCCCGUUUCAUUCACUCAUUCUAUGUCUUCCAGAACAUUCCUGAACCUAGAUCUCUCCGUUCAUCCACGUCAAAUGCAUCCGGAAAUGCCGUAUAUUGUGUUUGUUUGCUCAAGAAAAUUAGUAACAAGUGCCAUGAUAAAACAAGCUGCCGAAGUUGUGAGGGCUCCAACUUCCACCGAGAAUUAUGUGUUCUUCCGAGUGGCAGUUUUCAGGGAGGAGUCUUCUAAUUACCAGAUCGAAGUGUCUCCAUAUUCUGAAGUUGGACCAAUUUUCUCAUCCUCCAUCGAAAAAGCUGCAUCUGCAUUUGACCCGAACAUAGUCUAUGUGCAGGCCCCGAAACCGGAAUUACACAAAAAAGGCGUCAGAGUUCGAGUGUCGAUUCUGAGCAAUAAUAAUAGAGUGCAAUGCCAGAUUAAGUGUACAGAAAAAGAUGGCUCAAUGCAUCAAUGCGACGGUGACGUGGAUUUGCAUUCUGAUUCUACGUUAUCUCAAGAAGACGUCUUCACAUCUGACCCACAUUCUCUCCCAGUCCUCGGUUGGAAUAUGAAGGGACAUCCGUCAUUCUGGAGACACAAAAUGCCCUUUUUGUCUUUUCAUUGUUAG